AUGAGUUCAGAAGCUUCUAUUCAAUUUAUUCAAGCAGUAAAACCUUAUGAUAGUAAUUCAAGUUUACUUAUUACUGUUCUUAAUUCACUUUUGACUGAUGAUCAAUAUACAUCAUUGUCUACUGAAUUAUUAAAAGAAAUUUGUGAAACCAAUUUUAUUGCAACACAAGCUGAUAAUGCAGCUGCUAAAACAAUGGCAACAUUUAUUAUUGAUAUGACUAGACCUGAUCCACAUAUUAUUCGAACACAUAUUAAUCAAACAACUGAUUUAUUAACAGCAGAAAGUCAUCAUAUUCGUGUUGUAGCUUUAACAGCAUUUUGUUCUAUUAUUGACAAACUUCUUUUAUCAGAUGAUUCAGAUGAUGAACAAACAAAAAUGUGUGAUGAUCUUUUACAAAUAUUACAUAUAUAUUGUCUUCGAUUUAUGGAUUUGAUUGAACAAACAAAUCGGCAUGUUGUUUAUUUAUUUAAUUCUUUUACAUUAACUGAUUGUAAACAAGUAGUAGAUUUUUUUGUUAAUCUUCGUCAUUAUCAUCUUGUUUUGCCAAAUAUUGAACAAAGUUUACGUUUAAUGUUUAGUCUUAUUUGGUUUCGUGCACUUGAAGGUGCAACAUUUUCUGAAGAAUUAUGUUUUGAAGAAAUUCUUAAACAAUUAAUAAAAGGAACACAAAUAGUAACUGAACCUAUAACUGAAGCUUUAUGA